GCCCGCCCCUCCCGCGGAGGCGGGCGGAGAACCGGGGCCGGGGCAGGAACCGGAGCCGGAGCCGAUGGCGGCCACCGAGCCGCCGGGAGCCGUGGAGCUGCCGGAGCUGGCGGAAAAUCUGCUCUGCCGGCUGCAGGAGAAUUUUCAGGCUCUGACGGAAAAGUUAACGCUGAGAAUGGAAGAAAUGGGCGAGCGCAUCAAUGACCUUGAGAAGCGUGUUGCUGACCUGAUGACAGAGGCUGGAGUAGAAAACAGCAAUGAAGAGUUGGGAGUAAAGACAUUUACUUAAGUUUUUCUGUGUUUUAUACAUUUCCACUUAGUUUUGAGUGAUGGGACUGAAAUGAGGAUGUGUUUGAGGAGGAUUAAAGGGAGAACAGCACAGCAUUGACUCUGAGAUUCUACAGUCAAGUGUCACACUGACAAAAAAUGUUAAGAGAAAACAAAUGUGUUUGCAUCAUGUCAUAACAGAACCUUGAAAAAAAGAUUUUAAACUAUUUCUCCAGGAAAAAAAUAGAAAGGUGUUUGUUCAUCUAAGUGGGGCACUGUAUUUCCUGGAGCUGAUAAAGAACUGUAAGUUCCAGAGAAGGCAAAGCCACUCUUUUGCAUAGAAAACUAUAUCCUAUAUAAGUUAUCUUAUAUAGGAUAUAGUGAACUUACCUAAUCACAAAUGUUUUCAAUGUAUGAAAACAUAUUUAUUUUAAUAUUAAAAUAAUAUUUGUUGCCUUUUUAGCUUGUA